AUGCGUGUGCAGAUGAUAUGCCGGGUCCUGUUCCACCUCCGAGCAGAAGCAACAAGACCCAAGGCGCUUGAAGUCGUCAAGAACUUGACCAACAGGCUCAAGUCCUCGUCUGUCAAGCUUCCUGUCGCGUCUCUUCUUGAGGUGUUUUCACAACCCGAGUCGUCGGCAUACGAAAAGAACAUUGCCUUGUUCUUCAUCGAGCUCGGCUGGACAGUUGGAAGCAAAACCGGAUCUUCAUGGGAGGAGAUCAGCUCAAACGUUGGAAAGGAUGAUGUUGAUGUUUUCCGCAACUUUUUGCUGGAUGUUCUCCUGUAUCUCCCUAUGAAAGCGAGCAAAGAGGCGACGGCAAGCGAUUCCACUCCUGUCGUCGAAUGCCCUCCUGGGCUCUCCGAAGGAUCUUUGACUUUCAUCACGAGCAAAAUUCAAUCCAAACAGGAGAAGGAAAAGUACUUGAUGGAUCGCAAGGAGAAGAUAAUUCCGCACGAGAAGAUGCUCUCGCUGGCUGUCGUAGCCACGUGCGGUUCUCACCAUGAUGUGCGAAGAAUGGGUGAGGAGCUACUGCGAGCAAAAUCUCAGAGAUCGAACUUUGAAGAUCCAGAUCUUGUGAAGGACUUGUACAAACUUCUGCUAGGGACGAAGAAGUCUGAUGCAAAGACGAUUGACAGGAAACCUGUGGACGCAAUUUUCAAUGGUUUGUAUGGCCAGGACUCAACAGCAAAGUUGAAGCAGGCUACGAUGCAACUUUGCAUCUGGACGAUGGCAAAAUCAAGAGACGACAUCUUUCAGCCGAUUGUUCCUGUUUUGCUGUCUGGCCUGACAAAGUUUCUGACGAGCGUCGUUGGCACGGAUGCCACAACUGUACAGCUACGAGGAUACACGUAUUCUGCCAUUGGACAGAAGAUGUAUCUAUUGCUGAAAAUCUCUUCCUUGCCCUUUCCACUGAACCUCCGUGUUAACGCAUACAGGAACAUUGACGAGCAGAGGAAAGAUCGCAUAAUGCAACUCCUCAUCCAUACCGCUACCAGCGCCACCCAUCAGGCGCGCUUCUCUGCGGUCUACUGGGCACGCGUUCUCUUCCCAUUCCAUGACGUGAGAGCGCGGCUGAUCUGCUUGAGCGGGGUCGACGACGCGAAGAUCGAGGUGAGGGAAGAAGCCCUCAAGGGAAUUCUUCUGGAAAGGAGCGCAGAGCCGAGCCGAACGGCAGAGUCCCUGAUCUCCAGCAUCCAAGAAGAGCUCCGUGCGGUGAAGGAGCAGCAGCGUUACCCGACUCUCGAAGAAUUCCUUGACUAUCUCUUCGAGGACAAGCCGUUCAAGACACGAGCUGCGGAAAGAUUCAACUCUAUCAUCGAGGUUGCCCUCAGCAGUGCGCUUGGCAGUGACCAACGAGGAGCCGUGGGGGAGGCAGAGAGAGCAAGAGAUUGCUUCAUUGCGCUCAUAGACCUGCUCGCUGCACGGCCAGAUGUAGUUGCGAACAAGUAUGUUGGAAGACUGCCGUGGCUCGAGUCUUUCGUAUUCUGUCAUAAGUCGGAGACUCGUGAACUCGCUUCUUCUCUCUAUGGUGAAUUCGUGGCAAGGUUGAGCCCGUCUGAGGCAGAGCAAGUGAUGAAGAAGAUGCUGACAUGUGCUGGCGAUGAGAAUCCAGUGGACAAGAGGAUGGGAGCUGUUCUCGUGAUCGGAUACGCAUUGGGCAGGGGUGGAGACAAAUUUGUUGAGCAGCUCUCGAAGGACUUUCUGUUUCAAAGUUUGAAAUUUCUCUCCUCUCAUUUGAAAGACACGAACCCGCAGAUGGUCAGUAUUAUCUGUCGAUCCAUGUCCGUGAUCUUCAUGGAGAUCAACCUGGCCAGGCUCAUGGGCACAGAAGGAGAAGAUGUCGACAUGUCUGAGGCUUCAAAAACAGAAGAUGAAAAGUCGAAAGAGUUUUCUAUGAUGCAGAUGAUGCGGACUCUGGGCGAGCUGGCGGCGAGGAAAGAGACGAAGGGGAAUGAAAACGAAGCAGCAGCGAUUGCACUAGGUUGCAUCUGUCUAGCAAGCAGGACGGCAGCGGUCUUGGGUGAGCGAUUGAACUCAGCAUUGCGUGCGAUUAAUACAUUGCUGGAAGAUUGCUGCCGAUCCAGUCUGUACAGCACGACAGACGUCAAACGGUCGGAGGAGUUCCACCUCUGUGUUGGAGAGGCUCUUGCUUGCUGCGGAGGUGGAAGGAAAUUUACUUCGGAGGUCCUUCUCUCUCAGCUCAGGAACCCUCCUGCCUAUCAGGAUGAGAAUGGAGAUGCGGAGAUACAGAUGAAAAGGUGGAAGUCCAGCAACGAAGAGACAGACGUUCAGCUCCUUCAAGACAUCUUGAAGCAUCUCUUUCAGAAGGUUCUCUCCGAUGGAAAGGCGCAUGUCCGCGAAGCAGGAGCUUGUUGGCUGUUGUGUAUAUUGCGAUAUUGUGCAGAUCAUCCAACAGUUCAACAGCACCUCUCGCAAAUCCAACAAUCCUUUACCCUCCUUCUACAGGAGAUCGCGUCGAAGGGACUGGCGCUUUGCUACGACAUGUGUACAGACGACAAAGUCAAGGACGAGCUUGUCUCGACGCUCGCUAAGACUCUGAUGGGAGGGAAGACAGCUCAGAAGCAGACAAACAACUCGACAGACGAUCCGAUUUUUGAGGAGGGACAGAUCAAGAUUGAUGAUAAGGCACUGGGAGAAGGAAGCUUGACUACCUACAAGGAACUUUGUACAGUCGCAAACGAGUUGGGGCAGCCAGAGCUUAUCUACAGGUUCCUCAACCUUUCAGGACAUCAGAAGAUGUGGAACUCCAAGAGAGGAGCUGCUUUUGGCUUCUCCUCCAUAGCAUCCAAGGCAACAGACAGGCUGAAGCCGCACCUUCCAAAGCUGAUCCCCAAACUCUACAGAUACCAGUUUGAUCCCAACGAGAAGAUCCAAGAAGCGAUGACGAACCUCUGGCUGGUCGUUGUUGAGGAUUCUGAGAAGGCCAAGGAAGCGUAUCUACAAGACAUCCUGGCUGAUCUCAUUCCUUCUGUUGGCUCUCGUCUGGCGUCUUGUCUGGCACUUGCGGACAUUCUUGCCAAAAGGAAGUUCGAGCAGAUCGAGACGAAUCUGGUGGAGAUGUACCGCAUGAGCUUGAGGGCCGUGGACGACGUGAAGGAGACGGUGAGGAUAGCAGGAGCGAGCUUCAACCGGUCGGUCUUCGGCCUUGCCUCCCGACUCGCCGAUCCCUCUCAGAGCGGCGAGAGCGUCGCCGGCAAGGUGUUGGGACUGAUCCUUCCGUUCCUACUCAAGGAAGGAAUCUCAAGCUCGGCCAGUGAAGUUCGCGCAUUGAGCAUCUCCCAGCUGGUCAAGUUCACCAAACAUGCUGGAACAAGUUUGCGCCCGUUCAUCCCCGAGCUCUCGCUGGUGCUGCUGGAGAGCUUGUCCUCGCUGGAGCCGCAGAUGAACACAUACUUGCAACUGAAUGCGGAGAAAUUCGACGUGGCUGGAGAGACAGUCGAGCGCGCACGGCUCUCCGCCUCUCGCAACUCUCCCAUGGCAGACACGCUUGACAUGUGCGUGCGGUACAUGAACGGAGAGGCUGCCGAGGAAACGAUCCCGAAGCUCGUCCACGUCAUUCAGCAUGGCGUCGGCCUUCCCACCCGCUGCGGCGUCGCUAAGUUUGUGAGCCAACUCUGUCUCAUCCAGCAGGAGGUCCCAGCGGUUCUCCGGAAGCACUCUAGCAGGUUGCUCAGAGCUCUGUGCUCUGCCUUCUCCGACCGCAGCACGGUAGUUCGGCAGGCCAUGGCAAGUGCCGCAGCGAGGGUGGCAGGCGUGUCGAAAGAGAACAACAUCGAAGAGUUCGUUCUCAACAUGAGGAAGAUGUACGUGGACAAGGGGAUGGACGAUGCCGCGCUGCGAGCGACGAUCGGAGUGGCUCUCAAGGAGCUGGUACUUCAGGCCAGAGACAGUUCGAGCGUUAGCAUGCAGAAAGUGAUUCCGCUGGUGAUCGUGGGGAAGGAGGACGAGGACGAGGCAUCUCGGUCACAAUUCCUGACGAUCUGGGAGGAGAGCGUUGGGUCGUUACACACAGCGUUGAGGAUGUACGGGGAGGAGAUCAUCGAGUUCGUGGAGCUCUGCUUUGCCUCCUCCUCGUGGCUGCUCAGGAAGAUGACGGCCAAGGCCUCCGUCUUCCUUGUGUCCUCCAACCCUCACGCCCAAGUCGCUGACAUCUCCAGGGCACAGAGCGCGAGAAAGCUGCUCCCAAUCCUCGUGCAGAACAUCCAGGCAGCGAGGAUCUGGGACGGGAAAGAGAAUGUGCUGCAUGCCAUUGCUGCUUCGGUCGUAGCCAUCGACUUGUUCGUGGAUAAGCAGGGAGGGGACGGAUCUGAGCUCCAGCUGGAGGGAUGGAGCAAGGAGGGCGAGGGAGCUGGCGAUCUCUCUCGGACGCAUGUUGCCCGUGUCUUGAUCGCGGAGUGCAUGAGAAAGAAGCGAGCAUAUCGGCUGGAGGCUUUGCGAGCUUGCACAAGAAUGCUCACGGCGCUGAAGACCAGCCUGAACAUCUGGCAGGAUGUUCUCACGGCAGUGAAGGAUGUGAUUCUGAACCCGCAGGAGAGAAAGGAGGAGGAGGUGCGGCAGACGGUCUCUGGGGGAAGAAGCGAGGAAGAGGAGCAGCACUACGACGCUAUGAUGGAGACCAAGUCUUACGCAGAGCUGAGGACUUGUGCGCUAGAGACUCUCGUCUCAGCAUGGAUUGUCGACUUUGACCUUGCAAGCGCCAUGCUUCCCGACUUGCUCAGGGCGCUGCAAGACUACAGUCACUCGGUGAUGGUCGAGGAGAAGCAGGCGGCAGUGAGCAUGAUGCGCAGGAUCGCGGAGAAGUUGUCGGAGGAGGAGAGCCUCGGGAUGUGGCAGUCGCUCAGUGGUGCCGUCAUGGACGGUCUCUCCUUCUGCAUUGAGGUCAACGGGCCGCAGCUCCGUGACGUGCAGAUCGCUGCCGUCGCUGCCUGCAACAAGUGGCUCGAGCUAUACUCAAGGUUCGCGGCUAGCAGGAUGGAGGAGGACGGGGACGGCAACCAAAGGGAGGGGCAGACAAAGGCGCUUGCUCGUCUCAUGCACAUCGUGGAGGAGCUUCUCAAGGAUCAGACGGACAUCAACUUCAAGUCUGCACUCAACUCGUUGCACGCCAGCUUGCGGGGCGCGCAGGGAGUUUGA